GAAAGCCAGGGACCCGCAGCGAACCGGGGCUGAAAUCCGUCUCCAUCCGCACCCUCCACCUGCUCUGGUGGAAUGAGCGUAGCGUGUGUGUUGAAGAGGAAAGCUGUGCUCUGGCAGGAUUCGCUCAGCCCCCGCCUCAGACUGCCUCCCCCUGACAGCCCAUUACCCAGCAUGCCUGUGGUGCUGAGUGCUGCGGGCCACGCCCCCCAGCCUGGCCCCGCCCCACAGGCCCCUCCCCCUGCACAGGGAGCAGGCCGUUCCCAAGACGACGCGAUGGUGGAUUACUUCUUCCAGCGGCAGCACGGUGACCAACCCGGAUACAACAACGGCAAACACCGCUGGCCGACCGGAGACAACAUUCACGCCGACAACCAGGUUCGGUCGAUGGAUGAGCUGAAUCAUGACUUUCAGGCCCUGGCGCUGGAGGGGCGGGCCAUGGGAGAGCAGCUUCUGACAGGGAAGAAGUUCUGGGAAUCAGACGAUUCAGGGAAAGAUGGACCCAAAGGGAUCUUCCUGGACCAGUGGCGAGACAGUGCCUGGGGGGCCUCUGAGCACUCCGUGUCCCAGCCAAUCAUGGUCCAGCGUCGGCCGGGUCAGGGUUUCCACGGCGUUGGGGAGGCGGGAUCUGUGCUGUCCCCCCGCUCUGAGAGCGGCGGACUGGGAGUCUCCAUGGUCGAGUACGUCCUCAGUUCGUCCCCCGCCGAAAAACUCGACUCCUGUCUGCGCAAAGGAGCGUUUGGCCAGAGGGAGUCUGAGGCUGAUGAUCCAGAGAAAAGGGUGGAGUCAAAGCCUAAAGCCACGUUUGAUGACAGGAAAGAGCUCAAAGAGGCGGAGCCUGACGUUAUGGACAACCCCAACGGUUUGCCCAGUCAGAAUGGGCUUGACGUUGACGUCAAAGAUUUCAGUCGCACCCCCGGUAACUGCCCUCCUGCAGGCCCUGAGGUGGAUUUGGGUGGGGCAGAGUUGACUGGAGGCACAGGGCCGAAGCCAGCCGAGGAAUUCCCCAGCGUGGAGCCUCAGAGCGUGACCCUUGACCCCAUGGAAUCGGUUUCCAUGGAGACGCUGCAGUUUGAUUACUCCGGCAGUCAGCUGCCACUCGAUACUACAACUGCCACUAAUGUCCUGUUUGACUACAACUCCCCCCAACAGCUGUUCCAGAGGCCCAGUGCUCUAGCUGUUCAACAACUCACAGCUGCACAACAACAGCAGUACGCUCUCGCCGCCGCCCAGCAACCACACAUCGGCCUGGCUCCUGCGGCGUUUGUACCCAAUCCCUACAUAAUCAGCGCGGCCCCCCCUGGUACAGACCCCUACGCUGCCGGCUUGGCCGCGGCUGCCACCCUCGGUCCAGCGGUCAUGCCCCCCCAGUAUUAUGGAGUAACUCCGUGGGGUGUGUAUCCUGCCAACCUGUUCCAACAGCAGCCCGCUGCCCCGUCAAAUUCAGCCAAUCAGCAGCCAGCCGGUCAAAACCAGCAGAACCAGCAGCAGGUGAUGCGCUCCGGAGGUAACCAGCGACCUCUGACCCCCAGCCAGAGUCAGCAGGGCCAGCAGACCGACCAGCUUGUUGCCGCAGCAGCGGUGAACUCUGCUCUGGCUUUCGGCCAAGGCUUAGCCACAGGCGUGCCCGGUUACCCAGUAUUGGCGCCGGCUGCGUAUUAUGACCAGACGGGUGCGCUGGUGGUGAACACAGGCGCUCGCAGUGGCCCCGUUCGACUCAUGGCCCCUGCCUCCGUCAUCAUCAGCCCUUCUGCAGUUGCGGCAGCUGCUGCCUCUGCGGGCGGGGCUAACGCAGGUCUCGGGGGCGGGGCCAGCGGGGCAUUCCGUGCUUUGGGCUCCCAGCAGACUGCAGGCCAGCAAGCGGGCGGAGCUUUGAGUGGCAGCUCCUUUUAUGGGAGCGGCUCGCCAAGCUCCUCCUCUCAAAGCUCCUCUCUGUUCUCCCAAGGCUCCGCCCAACCAGGAAACUCCUCCCUCGGGUUCAACGCUAACCCCUCCUCCUCCCUGGGCGCUACACUGGGUGCGACACUCGGAGGCUUUGGGACCGCAGUGGCUAACUCCAGCUCCAGCGGGUCUCGUCGUGACUCUUUGACGGGCAGCUCUGACUUGUACAAACGCACACCCAGCAGCCUCACUCCUAUUGGCCACGGAGGCUUCUACAACGGCCUGGGAUUCAGCUCCUCCCCCGGCCCGGUCGGGAUGCCCCUCCCCAACCAAGGCCCCUCCCACUCUUUAACCCCGCCCCCGUCACUGUCCACCCACGGAUCCUCGAGCAGUCUUAACAUUGGUGGUCUGACCAAUGGCAGCGGGCGAUUCAUCUCUGCCGCCCCGGGGGCGGAGGCUAAGUACCGCAGUGCCUCCACAGGCUCCUCCCUCUUCAGUCCGAGCAGCCAGCUCUUCCCGUCGUCACGGCUGCGUUACGGAAUGUCGGACGUGAUGCCGUCGGGACGCAGCCGUCUCCUGGAAGACUUUCGGAACAACCGCUACCCCAACCUUCAGCUCCGAGAGAUCGCCGGACACGUGAUGGAGUUCUCUCAGGACCAGCAUGGCUCCAGGUUUAUCCAGUUGAAGUUGGAGAGGGCCAGCCCUGCAGAGAGACAGCUGGUCUUCAGUGAGAUCCUGCAGGCCGCGUACCAACUCAUGGUGGACGUGUUCGGGAAUUACGUCAUCCAGAAGUUCUUUGAGUUUGGCAGUCUGGACCAGAAGCUGGCCCUGGCGGAGCGGAUUCGGGGUCACGUGUUGUCUCUGGCACUGCAGAUGUACGGCUGUAGGGUCAUCCAGAAAGCCCUGGAGUUCAUCCCCUCUGACCAGCAAGUCAUUAGUGAAAUGGUGCGGGAACUGGACGGUCAUGUUCUGAAGUGUGUGAAGGAUCAGAACGGGAACCAUGUGGUACAGAAGUGCAUCGAGUGUGUUCAGCCCCACGCCCUGCAGUUCAUCAUCGACGCCUUCAAAGGCCAGGUGUUUGCUCUCUCCACACACCCGUACGGCUGCAGAGUGAUCCAGCGGAUUCUGGAGCACUGCCUGCCUGAGCAGACCCUCCCCAUACUGGAGGAGUUACACCAGCACACUGAGCAACUGGUCCAGGACCAGUACGGGAACUACGUGAUUCAGCACGUGCUGGAGCACGGCCGUGCCGAGGACAAGAGUAAGAUCGUCGCUGAGAUCAGAGGAAACGUUCUCGGACUGAGCCAGCACAAAUUUGCCAGUAACGUGGUUGAGAAGUGUGUGACACACUCCCUGCGUGCGGAGAGGGCCAUGCUGAUUGAUGAGGUGUGUAGCAUGGCUGACGGGCCUCACAGUGCCUUAUACACCAUGAUGAAGGACCAGUACGCCAACUACGUGGUGCAGAAAAUGAUCGAUGUGGCCGAACCCACGCAGCGCAAGAUCGUCAUGCACAAGAUCCGGCCCCACAUUGCCACUCUGAGGAAGUAUACCUAUGGCAAGCAUAUUCUGGCCAAGCUGGAGAAGUACUAUAUGAAGAACGGAGUGGAUCUGGGACCCCUCUGCGCCCCCCCUAACGGCAUCAUGUAACACCCCCCCCCCCCCCGGGUCACACACACCCUCGAGAUGCUGAGUGUGACUGUACGAGAAAGAGAUCUGCUCCCAGCGCAGAAGUUGUGGAGUUGGGUGACUGCACCUUUGCUGAGACACCCAUCCCAGGUUUCUGUGCCCCCCU